AUUCGGCAAAAAUAAAUAUCCGACAGCUGCAGGUCACUGCAAUGUAUGCAGAUGCACUAACGUUUCAGGGAUGCCCAAACUCAGUCCUGGAGGGACCUGCAGAGUAUAGAUCCAACCCCAAUUAGACACACCUGAACCAGCUAAUCAAGCGCUUACUAGUCAUACUAGAAUCUUCCCGACAGGUGUGUUGAGGCAAGUUGGAGCUAAACACUGCAUCCCUCCUGGACCGAGUUUGGUCACCCAUGCACUUAACUUAUAGGGCUAUAGAUAAAUAUGUUAAAUAUUUGAUAACAGAUGUAAAGGUUCACAUUAACUGAUGUUUAAUUUAUUAACGUAUACACCCUUACUGUAAAGUGCUACCUAGAUUAUGCAUUGUUGAUUUGAUUUUAAGUUUGAUUAGCAUUGAAUUCUAAAUAAUUGGCUUUAACAGUGGAAUGCAGAAGAAGACACUACGUUUGUGUGGAUGUUGAGCUCAAAUCUUGGGAUGGGGCUAAUGUUUAACAUGUAAAUUCAACCUCCUGAAGGUUCUGGCCAGUUUAUAUCUUCUUUUUCACAUUCACAAGCACAAUGUCGAGCAGAAGGAAGUCCACGACCCCCUGCAUGGUGCUUCCGUCAGAUGUCGUAGAGCAAGACCCUGAUAUGGAGGCUCUGGAAGGGAAUGAAGGAGCUGAGAGUGUGGCAGAAGGUCCCACCGAGGGAGCAGUGGUUCCCAUGGAAACAGAGACAGAAUAUGAAGGGAUCCAUUUCUCGAGUGAGGACUGUCGUUCUUCAGGAAAACGCUCAGGUCAAACACCACUAGAGCAGCCCAUCUCUGAUCUGACCGCUGAAGGUGGUUUUGUGCAGACAGAGAUGGAAGAUAGCGAUGACCCCUCAGUUACUGGAAUCCCUCUUAGCAAGACUCCUAUUAUGAAAAUGAAAAGCAAAUCUGAACCCAAGAGAAUAGCUGUUUCUCUAAAAGUCGUGAGUGAAAGCGAGGCAGUGACUGAAAGUGAGAUGGAACUGGAGCCAUUGGAAGCAUCAGUCAUGGGCACUUCCAUAGCACCAGAACACAUGAGCCCAUUGCUCACAGAGUCUGUAAAGCCCAGCGUUCUAGUCAAUAUUUCAAACCCUGUGGUAGCAGAUCAGAAGAAGCUGGUUAUGAACCCUGCAACCGUUCUUCCAGCCGGAUUGGCCCAGGUGCUUUCUGCUUUGCAGGCCCAGCAGAGCGCUCAAACUCAACUUCUAAUACCAGUAAGUAGUAUACCCACGUAUAAUGCUGCAAUGGACUCCAAUGCAGUCCUGGUCAACACCUACAAGAAGUUCCCUUACCCAUCGGUGUCUGAAAUCAUGGGACUUGCAGCCCAGACCAAAUUCAGUGAGGAGCAGAUAAAGAUCUGGUUUUCAGCUCAGCGUUUGAAGCAUGGCGUCAGCUGGACCCCAGAAGAGGUUGAGGAGGCGAGGAGGAAGCAGUUUAAUGGCACAGUCCACACAGUUCCCCAGACCAUCACAGUUAUACCAGCCCAUCAUCUUUCUGCCACUAACGGCCUGCAGUCUAUUCUUCAGACUUGCCAGAUUGUGGGUCAGCCAGGUCUGGUUCUUACACAGGUAGGCACAGCCAAUAGCCUCCCAGUGACCACCCCAAUAACCCUGACAGUAGCAGGAAUGCCCAAUCAAAGCCAGACGCCCAAGAUUGCAACCAAUCAAACAAGCCCUGCGCUCAGUGAAACUAAAAGAGCUACCACCAUUCAGCCCCCAUCGCUGACCCCUCAAGAGAACUCCGCACUCAGCGCUGAUCACUUUGGCAUGCGGCCUAAGAAAUCCAAGGAACAGUUGUCUGAAUUGAAAGCAAGCUAUCUGAAGAAUCAGUUUGCCAGUGAUGCGGAGAUAGCUAGGCUAAUGAAGUUGACCAACCUCACCAAAGGUGAGAUUAAAAAGUGGUUCAGUGACACCCGAUACAACCAGCGCAAUUCUAAGAACAGUCACGCCUUCAUCAUGAAUGAUAAUCCCAGGGGUAGUAGCAGUGCCACCAUUGUUAUUGACUCUAGUGAUGAAACACCACAGUCUCCGAUGCCAUCACCCGUCAAAGAGAAGGAGACACACGCCAAGACCUGGAACCCCUUCCCGGACUUUACCUUGCAGAAGUUUAAAGAAAAGACACCAGAGCAGUUGGUGGUCCUAGAGGAAAGCUUUCAGAAAUGUGACACACCAACUGAUGAAGAGCUUAGCCGGCUGAGGGCCGAGACCAAACUUACCAGACGUGAGAUCGACGCCUGGUUCACCGAAAAAAGAAAAACCCCUGUGCCCGAUUCCUCAGAGUCGAAAGCAGAUGGUGAAAGAUCCCAAAAGAAGGGGAGCCAAACUCCACCUGGAGGAAAGAAACUGAGCAAAGAGAAGGUUACUAAGAAAACACCUGAGCAGCUUCAUGUUCUAAAGACUGCGUUUGUUCGCACCCAGUGGCCCUCGACAGAAGAAUAUGACCAGCUGGCUGAGGAAAGCGGACUGCCUCGUUCCUACAUCGUCAACUGGUUUGGCGAUACACGCUAUGCCUGGAAGAAUGGCAACUUGAAGUGGUAUUUUUAUUAUCAAAGUGGAAACGUAGGAGGAACAAAUGGCAACAAAAACAGAAAACGGAGGAUUCGAAAUCGCGGUUGGGGAAGAACCCGUAGUAGGAAAGCGAAGAAGCACACUGAAUCGGAGAAGAAUCUACCAAUCAGGUUCAAGUCUGGACGGGAUAUUCUGAAGGAGUACUACUUGAAGCACAAGUUUCUGAACGAACAGGACUUGGAUGAGCUUGUCGCCAAGUCUAACAUGAGCUAUGAGCAGGUGAGAGAGUGGUUUGCAGAGAUUCAUCGGAAGGAGGAAAUGGGUACCAACCCGUUUGAAGAUAAAACGGGAAAUGAAGAACAAGAUGAGGAGGAGGACAAGCAUCAGGGUGAAAAUGAGACCGCAGUUGAGGAGCAAGGACCUGCUUUGGGAGAUGAAGACUGUGAUGAGGAUGAUGAUGACACUGAUGACAGCGAUGCCUGGGAGCCUCCACAGAGUGUUCGAAAAACAUUGUCUGUGUCUGAGGUUCAGUGAUCUUUCUGAAUUGGCUUUAUUCUGAGCAAUGACCCUUGAUGGAAAACCAUGACUGUGUUGGGUCUCCACCACAUGCCCUCCACCACUGCACCAAUUCUGCUUGUAUUUUACGUAGUUUCACGUAAGAUUUGAAGAGAUCUUUUCAGCAAAAACAUUGAGGAGAAGAACGGUUUUUGCUCAGAAUGAUUGACUACAUUCAAACAUUUAGAAAUCAUGCACAUGAACAGGUUUUUUUUCUUUUUUCCUUUUCUCUCUGCGCCUUUUGAAGUGCAGCGAUAACUCAAGGUCCCUUGAAUAAUAAUAAUAAUGUCAUGCAUACAAUUUGAACUUGUGUCUACCAGAAUUGAUCAUGCACCUUAACCCUUGUACAUGCAAAGACAUCCUAGGCCUCUAUAGGGUCUUUUAAAAUGGGCUUUUUUUCAUUUGGAGUCAAAUGGAGAACACUUAGUGCCAAAGGUAUAGUAUUGAAU